ACAGGACAGUUAUCACACGGAAGGGAAACGCACCUGACGGUCCAGGAACACCGGUAGUUUGUGACAGGUACCAGCUCUUGACCAAGGAAGUAUGCCACGUAACUAAAGGUACAGCAUGACGAGCAAUCCGACUUCCAGCAACCACCCCGUGGACAAAGGAUGGGCCUGGGUGAUCCUCGCGGGGUCCAGCUUGAUCUUCAUGAUAUACGUAGGUACCCUCAAGACCUCGGGCCUGUUCUUCGUGGCCUUUCAGGAUUACUACAAGUCUGAAGCCUUCACAACCUCCAUCAUACCGGGCAUUCUACAGAUUGUCUACAGCAUCGCUUCCCUCCCUAUCCUCACAGUGGGACUCGAUCACCUGUCUGCCCGUCAGAUGAUCAUCAUCGGAGGAUUCCUUGGAUCCAUUGCUUAUUUCAUCGGAUUCUUUGCUGAAAGAAUCGAAAUCCUUAUUUUCACACAUGGAGUUCUAUACGGAAUUGGGUGUGCUACAAUCCACGGUCCGGCAGCCUACCUGAUUGGUCUAUACUUUAAUAGGCGGCGUGAGCUGGCGAACUCUGUUCUAGUGGCAUCCUCAGGUUUUGGCGGACUCGUUGUUCCUCCUUUAUAUCGCUAUCUUCUGGACGUUUACGGUCUUCGCGGUACCAUGCUCAUCUUUUCAGUAGUUAUAUUCAAUGUGGUGGCUCUAGCAGGACUGCUAAAGCCUCCAUCUCUUUUUCACCAUCCCUCUAACAGCAACGAGAAAUCCAAACCGGAAAAUUCCAAUGUUGAAAUUCCUGACACUCACGGGUAUUUACCAGUACCGACGGGCAAAAAGCGCUCAAUAUCUCUGAGUGAAAAACCAACACCUGGAAAUGGCAUCUUAUCCAGUUUUGAAAAGGAUAAAACAUGGGGGAGUUUGCCACAUCGACUGGAUAUUAAAGCACAUCACAGCUCUCGUCUCUCAGAGAGUUUCCGGAGUUUAGGAAGUACAGAUGCUGUACACAGCUUUUCACAAUCCCAAUUAAAUGAAUCGCAAGCACAAAAAGAUGUUCAGCACAAACUUAUAGAUAUUUCACUCCUUAAAAAGCCAUUGCUACAGAUGUAUCUUUUUGUGUACUUAUUUGGAAGUAUAGGAUCUUCAUAUGGUCAUAUUUAUAUUUCUCCAUUUGCUCGUGACCAUGGAAUGACUACAACAGAAGUAUCGAUAUUGGUAUCUGUUACCAAUAUGUGUGAUUUCAUUGGUCGAGGUUUAUGUGGAGUAAUAGCCAAUCAGCGAAUAGUUAAGAACUCCACGAUUGUGGCUAUUAGCCAACUUGUGACGGGUGCCACCUUGGCGCUCUGCUCUUUUUAUGGGUCCUUCUGGAGCUUCAUUGUCCUAGCUGUUAUGUUUGGUCUUUUUGCCGGCGCCAUUUUCUCUAUGACGCCUAGUAUUGUAGUGGACUUUGUAGGAAUAGAAAAUUUCAGAACAGCUUUUGGGAUUAUUAUCCUGGGACAAGGGAUAACUAUGGGAACGGGAGCUCCACUAUUAGGUUACCUCCGGGACGUAUCCCUCUCCUAUAUACCGUCUUUUUACUUCAUGGGGGCGUGUCUGAUUCUGUCUGGGCUGACCUUACUGAUGGAACCGUGUGUCAGAAAACGUCAGGACAAAAUGGAGAAUGUAACUCGACCGUCAAAAGAGGUGGCGCUUUCCACGUGAUUUAUAACGAAUUUUAAAUUUGAAAAAAUAAUUUUUUUGCUUCAUUAAAAUGUGAAUAUCUGAAUAAAAAAUACAAACAUGACCUUGAGAAACUAAAUAAUCAAAGUCCCGGUAUACAUUUGCAAAUUAGAUAUCAAAUAUGCAACAAUAUUUUGCUAAAUGCCCAAUUUCUUUGCAUUGUGUUAUCUUAGUAGUCGAAAACUUUUCAAAGCAAGUGAGGGUGAACGGUCAAUA